AUCCGGGAGUGUGGAGUGGAUUUGGCAUCAUGGAGGCCCCGUGGGGCUGGCUGGUGGGCUGUGUGCUGGCCAUAUCCUUGGCCUCUACAGUGACCCAGGAUGUGUGCCGAGCACCAGACGGGAGGGCGGGGGCUGCAGGACCACCCGGCCGAGACGGACGGCCAGGCCUCAAGGGGGAGCGAGGGGAGCCAGGGGCUCCUGGCAUGCGGACAGGCAUCCGAGGCCUUAAAGGAGAACCGGGGGACCCUGGGCCCCCUGGAAAGCCUGGCAACAUGGGCUUUCCUGGACCCAGUGGCCCCCUGGGGCUCCCUGGCUCCCCAGGACGGAAAGGCAUCAAGGGCAACCCAGGAAACAUCAAAGACCAGCCACGGCCGGCAUUCUCAGCCAUAAGACGGAACCCCCCCAUGGGUGGCAACGUGGUCAUCUUUGACACGGUCAUCACCAACCAGGAAGGCCCAUACCAGAACCACACAGGCCGGUUCCUCUGUGCUGUGCCGGGUUACUACUAUUUCACUUUCCAGGUGGUGUCCAAGUGGGACAUCUGCCUGUCCAUCGUGUCGUCUGGGAGGGACCAGUUCCGGCGCUCCUUGGGCUUCUGUGACACCAACAGCAAGGGGAUCUUCCAGGUGGUGUCUGGGGGCAUGGUUCUCCAGCUGCAGCAAGGGGACCAGGUCUGGAUUGAGAAAGACCCUGUCAAGGGCCGCAUUUACCAGGGCCCAGAGGUGGAUAGUGUCUUUAGCGGCUUCCUCAUCUUCCCGUCCAUCUAUCCUUCCCCAGAACUGGACAUGGGGUCCAGUUCCCGGCCCCACCUCGGACUAAACCUAUUGCUGCUCCUGCUGGUGCUGCCACUUGGGGGCCAGGCCAGCACAGGCUGCUACGGGAUCCCCGGGAUGCCGGGCCUACCAGGGGCCCCCGGGAAGGACGGGUACGAUGGACUGCCGGGGCCCAAGGGCGAGCCAGGAAUCCCAGCUAUCCCUGGAACACGAGGACCCACGGGUCAGAAGGGAGAACCCGGCACACCUGGCUUUCCUGGGAAAAAUGGCCCCAUGGGAACCUCUGGGAUUCCAGGGGUUCCCGGCCUCAUGGGACCCCCAGGGGAGCCGGGGGAGGAGGGCAGAUACAAGCAGAAGCACCAGUCCGUGUUCACAGUCACACGGCAGACGGCCGAGUACCCCAGGCCCAACAGCCUGGUCAAGUUCAACAGAGUCAUCACCAAUCCACAGGGGGAUUACGACAUGAGCACUGGCAAGUUCACCUGCAAAGUCCCGGGGCUUUACUACUUUGUGUACCACACGUCGCAGACGGCCAACCUGUGCGUGCACCUGUACCGCAAUGGUACCAAGGUGACCACCUUCUGUGACCACAUGUCCAACAGCAAGCAGGUCAGCUCGGGCAGCGUGCUGCUGCGGCUGCAGGUGGGAGAGCAGGUGUGGCUGGCGGUCAAUGACUACAACGGCAUGGUGGGCAUCGAAGGCUCCGACAGCGUCUUCUCCGACGGGGCGGUGAUGAUGGCCCUGAGGGGCUACAUUCUGGUGCUGCUGCUGCUCCUGAGUCUGUCGGGUGCCUCCCGGGCCCAGAGCCGCUGUACUGGACACCCGGCCAUCCCUGGCAUCCCGGGCAUCCCCGGUGCACCAGGCUCUAAUGGCAAACCUGGGACCCCAGGGAUAAAGGGAGAGAAAGGGCUGCCAGGGCUGGCUGGAGACCACGGCGAGUUCGGGGAGAAGGGAGACCCAGGGAUUCCUGGGAAACCAGGCAAAGUAGGCCCCAAGGGCCCCAUUGGCCCCAAAGGUUCCCCAGGCCCCCCCGGAGCCCGUGGCCCCAAGGGCGAGUCAGGGGACUAUAAGGCCGUACAGAAAAUCGCCUUCUCUGCCACGAGGACCAUCAACAGCAUCCUGCGGCGGGAGCAGCCCAUCCGCUUCGACCACGUGAUCACCAACGAGAACCGCAACUACGAACCCCGCAGUGGCAAGUUCACCUGCAACGUGCCCGGCAUCUACUACUUCGCCUACCACGCCAGCUCGCGAGGGAACCUGUGCUUGAACCUCAUGCGGGGCCGGGAGCGCAUGGAGAAGGUGGUCACCUUCUGCGACUACACCCAGAACACCUUCCAGGUCACCACGGGCGGUGUGGUCCUCAAGCUGAGGGAGGGGGAGAACGUGUUUCUGCAGGCCACAGACAAGAACGCCCUGCUGGGCUUGGAAGGUGCCAAUAGCAUCUUCUCUGGGUUCUUGCUCUUCCCAGACGCAGAGCUGUGAGCUGUGGGGCUGGCUGGCUUCCUCCCCCUCCCCUCCCCCUGCCAGCGAGGCGUACGUGGACCCCCACCCCCACCCCCACCAGACCAAAACGCACAGUAGGGCUCCGUGGAUGUUGCUGAAGGAAUGAGCAAAUAAACUUUUCAAGGCCAGAGGA